CUUUUGCAGUGCGGAUCCAGUAGUUGGAGUUCUAACUAAAAAGAGAGGAUCGCAAGGAGUGAGCGCAGCUGAGUGAGCAAACAGAAGUAGAAACAUUAGGUGAAUUUUGACACUAACGAACGUCGUUUUUGAAAGACUGUCACUUUUACUGCCCUGGAUCCAUCUUUCCAGCCUUGUAGAAUAACGCCCUUGUUUCCCGCCUGAAAACUCACACGGUCGUGUCAGCUGGCAUGAGCUAACCCACCAGAAAUGGAAACCAAACCUUUCUUGUCAUUGGGGUUCCUGAAGCCCCAGUGCUCGCUGGCUCCGCCUCCCCAGCGAGGACGCUCGGGGGAGGCCUGCUCCUGUUUCACCGGCAUGUGUCACCUCCACCAGCGUCGGAUAUCUACAGGUAACACUCAACGCCAUCUCCACAUCCCAUCGCCAUCUGCCCCGUCAUGGCAGACUCAGCACCUGGGAAGACACCUGUAUGAAAUAAAUUCAUCAGGCCAGGUGACCUCGUCUCCCCUGGGCUCUCCCACGUCCCACCGCGGCAUGCACCCAUCCCUGCUCAGCCCGUCCUCCAUGGGGCCCUCGGGCUCUUUGCACUCUCCCAUCAGCACCCUGAGUUCUCCCAUGAACGGCCUGGGCUCGCCAUUCUCUGUCAUCAGCUCGCCCAUGGGCCCACACUCCAUGUCCUCGCCCGGCAUGGGCUACGGCCCCGGUGUCAGCCCCCAGAUGUUCCAGCUGAACUCCCCGAUGAACUCGGUCAGCAGCUCGGAGGACAUCAAGCCCCCGCUGGGUCUCAACGGGGUGAUGAAGGUGCCCGCCCAGCCCUCACAAGGGUGCAUGCCCCUCUCCCUCACCAAACACAUCUGUGCCAUCUGCGGGGACCGCUCGUCAGGUAAACACUAUGGAGUGUACAGCUGUGAGGGCUGUAAAGGCUUCUUCAAGAGGACAGUGCGGAAGGACCUGACCUACACUUGCCGAGACAACAAGGACUGUCUGAUCGACAAGCGCCAGCGCAACCGCUGCCAGUAUUGUCGCUACCAGAAGUGUCUGGCCUGUGGAAUGAAGAGAGAAGUUUUGUUACACACAGCCGUCCAGGAGGAGCGCCAGAGGGCCAAAGAACGCAGUGAGAACGAGGUGGAGUCCACCAGCAGCGUCAACGAGGACAUGCCCGUGGAGAAGGUCCUGGAGGCAGAGCUCGCUGUGGAGCCCAAGACAGAGACCUACAUCGAGACCAACCUGGGCAUGCCAUCCAGCUCGCCCAAUGACCCGGUGACUAACAUCUGCCAAGCAGCCGACAAGCAGCUCUUCACGCUGGUGGAGUGGGCCAAGAGGAUCCCCCACUUCUCUGAGCUGCCCCUGGACGACCAGGUCAUCCUCCUACGAGCAGGGUGGAACGAGCUCCUCAUCGCAUCCUUCUCGCACCGUUCGAUAGCAGUGAAAGAUGGGAUCCUCCUAGCAACAGGGCUACACGUCCAUCGUAACAGCGCCCACAGUGCUGGAGUGGGAGCCAUCUUUGACAGAGUGCUCACAGAACUGGUGUCCAAGAUGAGAGACAUGCAGAUGGACAAGACAGAGCUGGGUUGCCUUCGGGCUAUCGUCCUCUUCAACCCAGACUCUAAAGGCUUGUCUAACCCAGGUGAGGUGGAGGCUUUGAGAGAGAAGGUCUACGCCUCUCUGGAGGCCUACUGCAAACAGAAAUACCCAGAUCAGCCUGGCAGGUUUGCCAAGCUGUUGCUGCGGUUACCAGCCCUGCGCUCCAUUGGUCUGAAGUGUCUGGAGCACCUGUUCUUUUUCAAGCUCAUCGGGGACACGCCCAUCGACACCUUCCUCAUGGAGAUGCUAGAGGCGCCCCACCAAAUGACAUAACUGCAGGCGGUGCGUCACCCGUGUUUCCCCCGCCCCCUGGACAGCGAGAGUGGUCCUGCAAACCAUUCCCCCUUGAGAGACGGACGUGUCUCCUCCCUUUUUACUGUCUUUGAUGUGUUUCAAAAAACAAGUUCAGUGUAUAUGGGUCUGUUUUAUAUAUUGUACAAAUAUAUAAAUAUAAAUAUAUAUAUAACUCAUGAGAGACAACGAUGGACUGGAGAUGAAACGGACUGAGGAGAAAAUAAGUGUUUGAAGCCAUUGUUUUGUAACGUGAAACAACAGCAGAGUUGACCAGGUGUAACAUGUAGCUGUCUGCAGGUGUAUCUUUAACUGUUCCAUCAUUGGAUGCACAGCAGCGUAGUAAUUGGGACAAUCGUGUUUUGGACUUGUUGAAGAGAGGCGGGGCUGCAUGGGCUGUCCCUGGCUCUGAUUGGAGCCGUCUCACUUUUAGAACUAACUUAAUGUUCUGUGUGCAGUGGGGAGGAGCCAGGCCCGGUCUUGUCUGGUCCAAUCCGGUCAAGUCUUGUCCGAUACAAUCCGGACUGGUCCGGUUGGGUCUGUUUUGAGGUGUAUUGUAGAAAAGGACUCAGAGGUGAGAACAUGCAGAUGAACGGUGCUCCACUCAGGUCUCUGAACCCAAACUAAGCCGUUUCUCCACAUCUCCUUAUUCUAUUAGCACUGUGUGAACAUGAGAGGAGAGAUGCUACAUCGCUACAUCGGUCCAGUGUUCAGAGGCUCAUCAUAUAGCUUCAGAGACUGAUUGGAGUGAAAGCCUGCAGUGUGGCCUCUUAGGACCAGAGCUGGAUGACCUCCAUGUGGCGUGACUGUCUGCACAGAGAAGCUUCUCUCUGGAACUACUCAUUCUGGUGUACUGGACUGACGUUAGGCACAGUGUGUAUCUGGAGUCACUCGGACAUAGGCCCUAUACUACAUGUCAUUACUGUGUGGUCUGGAAGGUUGCCACAGGAAGGAAAGCAAACAGAUAUAUGUUCUCGUACUACAAUUAUUUGUCCUGUUUCCUGUCUGAGUUAAGGUGACCACAAAAUGAAGAAGAAAUAGACGGAUGAUUUGACUGAACUGUACUGUAAGGAAAUAGUGUCCUCUGAUCUGAACUAAGUGCUUUCUAAAGUGAUGCCAUGUCUUUGUCAUGUCUCCCUCCACCUCUGAGACCUUUUGUUCCACUCUUCUGUGAAUUUCAACACACCAUGAUUGACCUUCACACAACAACCAAGCCUGCUGUUCCUCACAGUGUAACCUAGCUUUAGAAGGUCUUUGACCUGUACUGGACAUUACAACCACACACACAGUGUUGAUGGUAUAUGUUUAAUUAUUAAUUUGCAAAACAAUUUGCAAUUACCACACACACACACACACACACACACACACACACACACACACACACACACACACACACACACACACACACACACACACACACACACACACACACACACACACACACACACACACACACACACACACACACACACACACACACACAGCUUCAAUACAGUCAUGUUUAUGGCUUGAUGUACUCUUAUUGCUUGGCACUUAACCUCAGUAUUGUGGAGCUCAUGCUGCUCCAUUGCAAGCUCACCUCUGGGGCAGCCAGAUCAGGCUGAGGCCCAGGCCAUCCAUCCAUCCACUCUGACUGGAGGAUGUGGGCCUGGUGAAGAGACAGAGACUGUUGACUUCUCUGCUGCCCAGCCUCCCCUCACCCUCAGAGGGAUCCAUAGCCUGCACUUCUGUGGACAACACAGUUUCAUUUAAGUCAAAUUGAAAUGUUAAAUAUGUAACGUUAUGUAUAAAUCUGCUAUAUGCCCAUAUUGCGCUUUUUUUCUUUCUAUUCUGCAGCUGCUGCAUAACUAUGCAUCUAGUGUUUUCUUUCUCCAAAGAUUGUCCAUAGAGGGGUUUCGUUGUUAUUAUAAAGGGGUGGUUAAACCCUGUCCUGUAGGACAGCAGACUGCUUUGGAUUUCAAUCAACUUUAUCAGAUAUCCAGGAGCGAGUUUGGCAGUCCACAUUAUGAUAGCAGACUAGGGAGAGCCACAGAGAAAUUCAAUAGAACAUUUGCUUUGCGAUGGAUAGAGGGUUUGACCAGCGAGAAUAGAGAAUUUGGUGACUUUGGGAGAGCUGUGACUUCCCCCUAGUGGAAGAGAUGCAGCACUGCAACAUUACUUGAAUUUUGUACAAGUAUUUAACCAGAAAUGGCACUUUUUCAUGACAUUAUCAAUGUUCAUUUUUGUCUUUGGUCAGUCAAAACCUCAAUGUGUUUUCUCGCAGAAAGAUUGAAUGAGUAACAAUAACCUCAGCAGGAUUGAUUGACACGUCCUUAGUUCAAAUCUAGCUCGUGUAUAUUAGUGAGGUGAUUGCAUUUUCAUUAGGUUAUAUUUGAAACUAUUUAGGAGAAGGAGAUGAUUUGUGUUUAGGCCAAUUCUGUCUAAACAGUAUUUUUAUCGAGACUAAUUGUAAUUGUCAAAAAAAACAAAUGAAUUGGCUCAUUGUUCAAAUGAUACCAAUUUAAGCACUAGUAAAAGUAAUUAUCUGGAAAUUGCAUUCUCUGGAACAUGAGUAGGUCAAAUCAAACUGUUUGCACCUCAACAAACAUUUCAGAAAAAUAACCACAUGCAUUUUGCUAAUUCAUUUAUUUGCAAACAAGUUUGUCCAACUUUUUAGAUGUACACCUAAUAUACACCUGCUCACUUGUGUCUGAUGUCUCCUAUUCUCUGCUUGGUCAGGUUAAUGUGAUUCGAGACCCCAGGUGUAUACUGUACGUUAAAGCCAUACGCAGAUGUGCAAGCUCGCUCACUCCUGCAGGGAAUGGACAGAGAAGGGUCCUCUGGACUGAUACGGAAAUGAUUACUUAGAUAGAAUGAAUAGCUAUGGAAAAUGCUUUAUAUACCAUAAAGCUAUAUUUUGUCUAUAUGUGUAUAUAUUUAUAAAUAUCUAUAAAUCCGUUCCGUGUUUCCAGUUAAUUUAGAGUAACAGGGAGACAAGUACUUCAGUUCAAACUAUCUGAGCCAGUCCUGAUUCCAGUGUUAUACUCAAUAGUUUCUUGGUGUUUGUCAAAAAAUAUGUGCUUUUUACAUUGGCCUCGAUUCUCUAAAAGCAAAAGUCUUCAAUCAACCAGCAUAAUACAAGGAGCGCAAAGCCCUAACCCUCACCAGCUAACAGCUGUUCUAUAUGGGACCUGAAAACAGCAACAACAACAAAACGGGUUAUUACACACAAAAGACAUGAAGCCCUCCAAAAUCAAUUUAUUGCUUAGCUACUUGUAUGUUCAACGUUAUCAGGAAACGCUGGGCUCAUGACAGUCACAGAUUUCUUUGACGAAUUCAGCAAAAUGUCAAGAAAAAACCCCACUUCUUGACAUAUAUUUUUGUACAAAGGUAAUUUUAUCCCUUGCUUAUGUACUCUGUACCUGCCAUUUUCCUCCUGUGGGCUGUUGUAUACAUUGUUUGUGUAAAUGUUGAUUUAAAAUGGGGAAGAAAAAAAGUGAGAAGAGUGGUUGCAGUGACACCCUGGUAACUGUCGCCUAUACUUUGCCUUUUCUGGCCUAUCGAUACAAGAUGAGAUUGUCCUCUCAUUACAUUUUGUCUAUUUUUAACGAGUUGGAAAACGUCAUCUGUUCUUUGUGGGUUGUUCUCCGAUAUUCUAUCUUUCAUGGAAAGACAAAAAGAUUAUUAAAAAAAAUCUAAAAGUAAA